GCUACCCGCUCCUCCGCCGGCGAGACGUGAGCCGCAGCGCGCGACCGCCGCCGCGCUCCCCGCGCCACCGGCACUCGCUGCCGCGCCAUGUCGCGGCCCAGUAGCGUCUCGUCGCGGCAGCCUGGCGAGGGUUCGGCCGCGGCCUCCUCAGCCGCGGCCGCCUCCUCCGCCGCGGCCGCCGCCGCCGGCCCCGCGGCGGGCCGCGGCAAGAGGCUGAAGGAUAUCCGCGUCGACGAGGAGGUGGAGAUCGCGGUGAACCUCGCCCUGGAGCGGUUCCGCUACGGAGAGGAGAAAGAAAUGGAGUUUCCUUCCUCUUUCAGUAGCACCGAAAGAGCAUUCGUUCACCGGCUCUGUCAGUCUCUCGGACUGAUAUCUAAAAGUAAAGGGAAAGGAGCAAAUCGAUACCUGACUGUAAGGAAGAAGGAUGGAUCAGAACUAACACAGGCAGUAAUGACUUGCGGCUUGGCUCCCAGUACGAAACAUACUGUUCGGAGUUUAAUUCAGAGAUUUCCUGUCACAAAUAAAGAACGAACAGAACUUCUGCCAAAGACAGAGCGAGGAAAUGCAUGUGCUGUUGAAUCUGAAAACAGAGACGUGAACAAGACAAGUGGACGGCUUAACAAUGGUAUCCCCCAGGUUCCAGUGAAAAGAGGGGAAUCGGAGUUUGAUUCCGUCAGGCAAUCCCUACCAGUUUUUGAGAAACAGGAAGAAAUUGUCAAAAUAAUAAAGGACAAUAAAGUUGUUUUGGUUGUAGGAGAGACUGGAUCAGGAAAAACUACUCAAAUCCCUCAGUUCCUUCUUGACGAAUGUUACAAAAACGGAACUCCGUGUCGUAUAUUUUGCACUCAGCCAAGACGUUUGGCAGCUAUUGGUGUGGCUGAAAGAGUGGCAGCAGAAAGAAGAGAAAAGGUUGGCCAGACAGUUGGUUAUCAGAUCCGAUUAGAAAGCAGGGUUUCUCCAAAGACACUGUUAACGUUUUGCACUAAUGGCAUACUGCUUCGCACGCUAAUGGCAGGAGACAGCACUCUAUCAACUGUGACGCAUAUUAUUGUGGAUGAAGUACAUGAGAGGGAUAGGUUCAGUGACUUCUUGUUAAUAAAACUCAGAGAUGUGUUGCAAAACCAGACUAAUCUAAAACUAAUUAUUUCUAGUGCUGCCCUAGAUGCAAAUCUCUUUAUUAGGUAUUUUGGAAGUUGCCCAGUAAUACACAUACAAGGAAGACCUUUUGAAGUUAAAGAGAUGUUUUUGGAGGACAUUUUACGAAGCACUGGGUAUACAAACAAAGAGAUGAUAAAGUACAAAAAAGAGAAGCAGCGAGAAGAGAAACAGCAAAGCACUCUUACUGAGUGGUGUUCUGCUCAAGAAAAUAAUAGCAAAGUGGAAUCUCGGAGACAAAGAUCUGUCCCAAGUGCAACUGAAGAGUAUAAUCUGUUGGAUGAUAGUGGUGAUGCAGUAUUUAAUCAACUGACUGAAAAAGAUGCGAAUUGCCUUGAACCGUGGCUAAUAAAAGAGAUGGAUUCUUGUCUUUCUGACAUCUGGUUGCAUAAAGACAUUGAUGCCUUUGCUCAAGUGUUCCAUCUCAUUUUAACCGAAAAUGUCAGUGUUGAUUAUAGGCACAGUGAAACCAGUGCAGCUGCACUAAUGAUUGCUUCAGGGAGAGGAUUUCUGAGUCAAGUAGAACAACUGAUCAGUAUGGGAGCAAGUGUCCACUGCAAAUCAUCCAAUGGCUGGAUGGCUUUGGACUGGGCUAAGCGCUUUGGACAGACAGAGGUUGUUGACCUGUUGGAGUCCUACAGCGCUUCAGUGGAAUUUGGAAAUCUUGACGAAAGUUCCCUCGUCCAAACAAGUGGUAGUGACCUUAGUGCAGAAGACAGAGAACUGUUGAAUGCUUAUCAUCACAGUUUUGAUGAUGAAAAAGUAGAUCUGGACCUGAUUAUGCACUUACUUUAUAACAUCUGUCGUAGUUGUGAUGCUGGAGCGAUUUUAGUAUUUCUUCCUGGAUAUGAUGAGAUAGUUAGCCUGAGGGACCGUAUUCUUUUUGAUGACAAGAGAUUUGCUGAUAAUGCUCACAGAUACCAAGUUUUCAUGCUUCAUUCAAACAUGCAGACUUUGGAUCAGAAGAAGGUGCUUAAAAGUCCACCUUCUGGCAUCCGCAAAAUAAUUCUUUCUACUAAUAUUGCAGAAACCAGCAUAACAGUCAAUGAUGUUGUAUUUGUUAUUGACUCAGGCAAGAUGAAAGAGAAGUCUUUUGACGCACUGAGUUGUGUUACAAUGCUAAAAAUGGUGUGGAUUUCAAAAGCCAGUGCUAUCCAGAGAAGAGGCAGGGCUGGGUGCUGUCAGCCGGGAGUCUGUUUUCAUCUCUUCAGCAGGCUCCGAUUUCAGAAUAUGUUGGAAUUUCAGACUCCAGAACUUCUAAGAAUGCCAAUUCAGGAGCUUUGUUUACACACAAAACUUCUGGCUCCGAUAAACUGUCCAAUUGUUGACUUUCUUAUGAAAGCUCCUGAUCCUCCACCAGCUUUAAUUGUGAGAAAUGCUGUGCAAAUGCUGAAGACAAUAGAUGCGAUGGACCCUUGGGAAGAUCUCACUGAACUUGGUUAUCAUCUCACUGAAUUACCAGUAGAGCCACACCUUGGUAAAAUGGUGUUGUGUGCUGUUGUUUUGAAGUGCCUGGAUCCUGUUCUUACUAUUGCUUGCACUCUUGCAUAUCGAGACCCUUUUGUCCUACCUACACUGGCCUCUCAAAAGCGUGCAGCCAUGCUGUGUAGAAAACGCUUUACUGCAGGAACAUUUAGUGACCAUAUGGUGCUUCUCAGGGCUUUCCAGGCAUGGCAGAAGGCGUGCAGUGAUGGCUGGGAGAGAGCGUUCUGUGAAAAGAACUUCCUGUCUCAAGCAAGGAUGGAAAUCAUUAUAAGAAUGAGAACACAGUUGCUUGGCCAGCUUAGGGCCUCAGGUUUUGUUAGAAGCAGAGGAGGAGCCGAUGUUAGAGAUGUUAAUACUAAUUCUGAAAACUGGGCUGUAGUUAAAGCUGCCCUAGCGGCUGGGAUGUAUCCCAAUCUAGUGCAUGUAGACAGAGAAAGCCUGGUUUUGACUGGACCAAAGGAGAAGAAAGUGCGAUUUCAUCCUACCUCUGUUCUUAGUCAACCUCAGUAUAAAAAGAUUCCCCCAGCAAAUGGGCAAGCUGCAGCCAUUCAGGCACUCCCUACAGACUGGCUUAUAUAUGAUGAAAUGACGAGAGCUCACAGGAUAGCAAAUAUCAGAUGCUGUUCUGUUGUAACACCUGUCACUGUGUCACUCUUCUGUGGACCAGCUAGAUUACCAAGUAAUGCUUUGCAGGAACCUUCAUCCUUUCGAGGGGAUGGGGUAUCUAAUGAUAACAGUGAUAGUGAGAUGGAGGAGAAAACAACUGCUAAUUUGGCGCUACUGAAGUUAGAUGAAUGGCUCCAUCUCAGACUGGACCCUGAAGGUCCAGGUGUAUUUCAUCCCUAUGAUAGUGGGCACAUAGCAAUGACUUACACAGGUCUGUCAUGUCUGGUUAUUCUUGGAGAUGAUUUAAGUCGAGUAAACAAAGAUGCCAUACUGGCAGGACUGAGAGCUCUCCAGCUGGAGGAUGGAAGUUUCUGUGCAGUGCUCGAAGGAAGUGAGAAUGAUAUGAGGUUUGUGUACUGUGCUUCCUGCAUCUGCUACAUGCUUGAUAACUGGUCAGGCAUGGAUAUGAAAAAAGCGAUAGACUAUAUUAGAAGAAGUAUGUCUUAUGAUAAUGGCCUGGCACAGGGAGCUGGACUGGAAUCUCAUGGUGGCUCUACAUUUUGUGGUAUUGCAUCGCUGUGUUUGAUGGGUAAACUGGAGGAAGUUUUUUCAGAAAAAGAGCUGAACAGAGUAAGAAGAUGGUGUAUAAUGAGGCAACAGAAUGGCUACCAUGGACGACCCAACAAACCUGUAGACACUUGCUAUUCCUUUUGGGUGGGAGCAACAUUGAAGCUCUUGAAUAUAUUCGAAUAUACCAAUUUUGAGAAAAACCGAAAUUACAUCCUGUCAACUCAAGAUCGUCUUGUUGGUGGAUUUGCCAAGUGGCCAGAUAGCCAUCCAGAUGCUUUACAUGCCUACUUUGGGAUCUGUGGUUUGUCGUUAAUUGGAGAACCUGGUAUUUGCCAAGUUCAUCCUGCCCUGAAUGUAAGCACAAGAACCACAGAGCGCCUUCACCACCUUCAUCAGAUCUGGAACAAGGACUCUAAACAGUGUUCAGACAACACACACGUCUCUACAUGACUGAUUUAGACUUGAAUGUAGUUCUGGUAGCAUAAUUGUAGCCCAAGGUUAAAAGCCAUGUAUAACCAAUGUGCUCUUUUAAGUGCUGGAGUCAUACAAUCAGAUCUGUGUUGGUGGCAUCACUUUGGUAGGGAGUUGCCUUCAGCAGGUUAUUCUGCAUUGUGAAAAAAGGAAAUAUUUUGAUUAUAUAGAAGUUUGUCACCGCAGACUGUAAGUGGCUUUUCAAAUGGCUUUACUUCUGAGAAAUCCCUUGAGGCAUUUAAACUUCAUUUUUAUUUUAUUUUUUUAAAUUUGUGCAUACUGUGCCAAAAUAUAUAAUGGGGAAGUAUUUUCAAAAUCUGUUUACAUAUCAUACAGUAUAGCACAGAACCUUGGAGUUCUUUAUGACCUUAAUGUUUGACAUAUUUUUGGUAGAGAAUCUCCCAUUUUAAGUCUCGGUUAAAAGUUACCUUUUAUCGUCUACUUUCAGAUUCCAUAAACUUUGUUAAAAAAAAAAAAAAAAUUAUUUUAUUCAGUA